AUGUUUAACCAAGCCCUUCUUUUACUUCUUGCCUCUCUUCUUGGUAAGGUUCUUGCCUUUUCCGCUUCCUCAAACAAGAACGUCGCCGUCUACUGGGGCCAAAACUCCUACGGAAACCAAGAGAGAUUGAGCUACUACUGUGACAACGAUGACACCGACAUCAUCCUUCUCUCUUUUGUCACUGGGUUCCCGGAAUUGUCCUUGAACUUCGCUAACCAGUGCGGUGGUUCCUUCAGCAACGGUGUUCUUCACUGCCCUCAAAUUGGACAGGACAUCAAGACUUGUCAGUCCAAGGGCAAGAAGAUCUUGCUUUCGUUGGGUGGCGCUUCAGGAUCUUACGGCUUCAGCGGUCCAAAUGCUGACUCUGACGCCAGCAAAUUCGCCGAGACCUUGUGGAACAAGUUCGGUGCUGGUUCCGACUCCGAGAGACCUUUCGACGAUGCUAUCGUUGAUGGUUUCGACUUUGACUUGGAGAACAACAACCCAGCCGGUACUGUUGCCUUGUCAAAAUCCUUGAGACAGCAGUUUUCCAAGGACUCAUCCAAGCAAUACUACUUGGCUGCUGCUCCUCAGUGUGUCUACCCUGAUGCCUCUUCCGGAGACAUCUUGGCCGAGACUCAAAUUGACUUUGCUUUCAUUCAAUUCUACAACAACUACUGCGGCCUUGGCGACAACUUCAAUUGGGACACCUGGCAGAAGUUUGCCGAGCAAGACUCUCCCAACAAGGACAUCAAGUUGUUCGUUGGUUUGCCCGGAGCUCCAAGCUCUGCUGGUUCUGGUUAUGCUGACCUCGACAAGGUCAAAAAAUCUGUUGGCUCCGACAUAUUGAACAACAAGAACUUUGGUGGCUUCAUGUUGUGGGAUGCUUCCUCUGGCGCUAGCAACAAGAACAAUGAAGGUGUUUCGUUCACCCAACAGCUCAAGAAGUACCUUUUGGGUAGCUCUGAUGGCGACAUCACCUCUACUUCUGCCACCACCCAGGUCCCUACUCCCUCAAGCACCUCCCCUGCUACCUCAACUGCAGUGUCUAAGACUACUGCUCCGGCUGACAAGCCAGAACAGGGUAACAACAAUGCUGCCCAGCCAAACCUCCCAGGUGACAAGACCUCUACGUCCAUUGCUGCUGAUGCUACCACCACUCAAAGUUCUGAAGAGGAAAUGGUCACGCUAACUGUGAAGAACCCAUCCACCACUUUUACAACAGUCCGUGUUUCUUGCUCAACUGACUCCUCUCUCAACACAAUCAACGGCAAGGUCGUUACCGAUAUUGUGACUGUGACCAGAGUGGUGUCCACUGUCUAUGCUACGAAGACUGUGCUCGCUCAGCCAUCUGCCUAG